AUGCUGCUCUACCAGGCCUCACCCUGGUCAAGCGGACUGCCAAUCGCGGGCCUUUGGAUCGCCGUGAACGUCGAGCUGCUCUGCCAGGCCUCUGCCUGGUCGUGCUGCCUGCCAGUCGCGUGGCUCCGGGUCGUCGUGGUCGUUAAUGCUACUCUGCCAGGCCUCAGCCUGGUUAUGCUGCCUGCCAGUGGCGUGGCUCCAGCCCGGUUGAGCUGUGUGCCUGUCUCCAGCCCGGUCGAGCUGCUCUGCCAGGCCUCAGCCUGGUCAAGCGGACUGCCAAUCGCGGGCCUUUGGAUCGCCGUGAACGUCGAGCUGCUCUGCCAGGCCUCUGCCUGGUCGUGCUGCCUGCCAGUCGCGUGGCUCCGGAUCGUCGUGGUCGUUAAUGCUGCUCUGCCAGGCCUCAGCCUGGUCAAGCUGCCUGCCCGUGUCUGGUUGAGCCCAGUCAAGCUGCCUGCCAGUCGCGUGGCUCCGGGUCAUCGUGUCUGGUUGAGCCCGGUCGAGCUGCCUGCCAGUCGCGUGGCUCCGGGUCAUCGUGUCCGGUUGAGCUGCCUGCCUGUCUCCACCCCGGUCGAGCUGCCCGCUAGUCUCCAGCCCGGUCGAGCUGCCUGCCAGUCUCCAGCCCGGUCGAGCUGCCUGCCAGUCUCCAGCCCGGUCGAGCUGCCUGCCAGUCUCCAGCCCGGUCGAGCUGCGUGCCUGUUCCAGCCUGGUCGAGCUGUGUGCCUGUCCCCAGCCCGGUCGAGCUGCCUGCCAGUCUCCAGACCGGUCGAGCUGCCUGCCUGUCUCCAGCCCGGUCGAGCUGCCUGCCAGUCUACAGCCCGGUCGAGCUGCCUGCCAGUCUCCUGCCCGGUCGAGCUGCCUGCCAGUCUCCAGCCCGGUCGAGCUGCGUGCCUGUUCCAGCCUGGUCGAGCUGUGUGCCUGUCCCCAGCCCGGUCGAGCUGCCUGCCAGUCUCCAGCCCGGUCGAGCUGCCUGCCUGUUCCAGCCCGGUCGAGCUGCCUGCCUGUUCCAGCCCGGUCGAGCUGCAUGCCUGUCUCCAGCCCGGUCGAGCUGUGUGCCUGUCUCCAGCCCGGUCGAGCUGUGUGCCUGUCUCCAGCCCGGUCGAGUUGCCUGCCAGUCCCCAGCCUGGUCGAGCUACCUGCCAGUCUUCAGCCCGAACGACCUGCCUGUCUUGCACACUAGCAGUCUACUUUAAUUGGAACAGCCCACCUACCUGCAUCGCAUUAUGGAAUUCGAGUUUGAUCCUGCUAACAUUCGACUAACUUCCAGCUAUCACUUCAACUUCUGCCUAAGCGAACGUUAGCCAGCUUUCCUUAUAACUGUGUUCCAUGUCAAAUGCAAAAAUCUCUUGUACACGAUACAUGAAGAACUAGGUGCCAUCGAUACAUUCGACGCGUAAGCGAAGCUAACGAAUCUAUUACAGAUUUAUUCCACUAUCGCCAACAUAAUACUCAGGAGGAUGAUUUUUACUAUUUACCAAUUCAACGAGAUAAAAUUUCUUCCAAGUUAAGCGGCACUGUAUUAUCUAAGAAAUUAUGUCAAAAACGGAAGAGUAAUACACUUUUUUUAAUCAAUUAAAACUAAGCUAGAAAAUGAUCUUCUCCACAAGCUUACCUGAGCAGGUACUAUAUAGUUUCUUACACAGCUAUCAACUACCAGCAUUUAUAUAUCAGCUGGCUCCAGUAACGAAUACCAAUCUACAAAGCUUGACUGGUCUUCUACACUAGAUUGCAAUACCGAAAUAGGUAUGAUUCUGAUAUAAAAAACAAAUAGUUUGCAUGUGGCACAGGUAUGCAUAAGUAGGCAAUUAAAGAAUCUCUUACAGAUUUAAGGCCAGAUGACACUGAUAUCAGGUUUUAAGUAAAUCGGACAAAAGUCCAUCAGAUAACAUUACACAUUAUGAUAAAGAAAGAAGUAGGUAACACACAUUUUUCAGGUUUAAAAUGGAUACAUAUUUAAGCUAGAACACAGUCAUAUACAGAAAAAUGAUUAUGGAUUAAGAUAGCGUACCACUCUUACAAAAAACAAGAAACAGAAGAACGAGACAUGAAACAUAAACGGCUACUGGCUGAAAGCAAUUGCAGUAACAAAAGUAUAGCAUGUGAUAUUACUGAGCUUGUAAGGUAUGCAACAAAUUAUCUCUUACAGGCUUAUACUCCUAGGCUAAUCGCAAAAUGAACAUUAAGUUAUUAACAUUUUAGUAAAAGCACGGCUUCAAUGGACCACAAAGAUUGGUACAAGUUUUACAUUUUUGAAAACCAACAACCAAAAAUUAUUUAUUCAAUACAUGAAUACACAUGGCAUGUGGUAUGCAAUAAAUAGCUUAGGUAAGAAAAUUAAGGAUCAUAAGUCGAGAGAUGCCUGCCAGCCUCCAGCCCGGUCGAGAGAUGCCAGCUAGUCCCCAGCCUGACUAACUGCCGCCUGUCAGUCUACUAAGAGCAACGUGGCUCCAGGUUGACGGGUCUGAUCGAGCUGCCUACCAGGCUUCAGCCUUCCUGCCAGUCUGCAUGACUCCGGGUCAACGUGCCAGUCUUAACGCUGUGAAGCUGCCUGCCAGUCCACGGAGAGUGGCGUGGCUCCGGCUCGACGUGUCCGGUCGAACUGCUUGCCAGGCCUCAGCCUGGUCGAUCUACCGUCCAGUGUCCAGCCCGGUCCAGCUGUCUGCCAGUCUCCAGCCCGGUCUAGCUGACGGCCAGUCUCCAACCCGGCUGAGCUACCUGCUAAUCUCCAGCCCAGUUGAGCUGCCGGCCAGUCUCCAGCCCGGUCGAGCUGCCGGCCAGUCUUCUGCAUGGCUACGAGUCGACGUGCCAAUUUUAACCCUGUGAAGCUGCCUGCCAGUCUCCAGCCCGGUCCAGCUGUCUGCCAAUCUCCAGCCCGCUCAUGCUGCCUGCCAGUCUCCUGAAAAUCUCCGGGUCAACGUGCCAGUCUUAACGCUGUGAAGCUGCCUGCAAGUCUACGGGAGAGUGGCGUGGCUCCGGGUCGACGUGUCCGGUCGAACUAUUUGCCAGGCCUCAGCCUGGUUGAGCUGCUGGCCAGUCUUCAGCCCGGUAGAGCUGCCGGCCAGUCUCCAGCCCAGUCACGCUGCCUGCCAGGCCUCAGCCUGGUCGAGCUGCCGGCCAGUCUCCAGCCUGUUCGAGCUGCCUGCUAGUCUACCAAGUGCAGCUUGGCUCCGGGUCAAUGGGUCCAGUCGAGCUGCCUACCAGUCUGCAGCUCAGUUUAACUGCCUACCAGUCUAUGAGCAUAGCUGCAGCAUGAUUAUAAUUUUAAAUAAAUGUUUAUUCCAAAAAUGAGGAAGGUUCUUACUACCUUCAAAGUGCAGAGUUACUCCGGGUCGUCGUCUCCGGUUGAGCUGCCUACCAUUCAGCCUGGUUAAGCUGCCUACCAGUCUACAAAAUGCAGCGGGCUCCGGAUCGUCGUGUCCUGUUAGCUGCCUAACAGGCCUUAGCCUGGUCGAGCUGCCUGCCAGUCUUGUGACUCCGGGUUGUCAAGCUCGUCGAGUUGUUCGAGCUGUCUGCGAUUCUUCAUCCCGGUCAAACUGCCUGCCAGUCUCCAGCGCGGUUGAACUACGUGCCAGGCUACGAGGUCCAGCGUGGCUCCGGAUCGUCCUGCCCAGUCGAGCUUCCUACGAGUCUUCAGCCCGGUCGAACUGCAUGCCGGUCUCCAGCUUGGUUGAGCUACCUGCCAGGCUACGAGGUGCAGCGUGGCUCCGGAUCGUCGUAUCCAGUCGAGCUGCCUAACAGGCCUCAGCCUGGUCGAGCUGCCUGCCAGUCUUGUGACUCCGGGUUGUCAAGCUCGUCGAGUUGUUCGAGCUGCCUGCGAUUCUUCAUCCCGGUCAACUACCUGCCAGUCUCCAGCGCGGUUGAACUACGUGCCAGGCUACGAGGUUCCGGAUCGUCCUGCCCAGUCGAGCUUCCUACGAGUCUUCAGCCCGGUCGAGCUGCAUGCCGGUCUCCAGCUUGGUUGAGCUACCUGCCAGGCUACGAGGUGCAGUGUGGCCCCGGAUCGUCGUAUCCAGUCGAGCUGCCUAACAAGCCUCAGCCUGGUUGAGCACCUGCCAGUCUUCAUCCCGGUCAAACCGCCUAUCAAUCUCGAGCGCGGUUGAACUACAUGCCGGUCUCCAGCCCGGUCGAUCUGCGUACCAGUCUCCUCCCCAGUCGUUGCGUGCCAAUCUACGAGGAGCAGCGUGGCUCCGGAUCUUCGUGUCCAGUCGAGCUGCCUGCCUAUCACGUGGUUCCGGGUCAUCGUGUCCGUUCGAGCUGCCUACGAGUCUGCAUCCCAUUCAAACUACCUGCCGGUGUCUAGCGCGGUUGAACUACGUGCUAGUCUCAAGCCAGGUCGAGCAGCCUGCCAGUCUACGAGGUGCAGCAUGGCUGUUGGACAAUGUGCCUGAAUAAGCUACCAGCCAUUCUCCGGCUCAGUCGAGCUGCCUGCUAGUCUUUAGUGAUGGAGCUGCACCAUGUUUUAAAUGGAUGUAAGUUGAAAGUUCUUAUCAGAUUUAGAAAGACCCUAAUUAAAAGUAGUAAAUGCCGGUUGGCUUUCUUUCAAUUGUGGUCAUCGCAUAGUUGCGUUUCUUUGAUCUUGCAGGUCUUACACACUAGAAGUCUACUUUAACUAGAAGCUUGCAACCUACCUACCCGCUACCACUAAGUUCGAGUUUCAAGAUCACCUGCCAACAUUCGACCAACUUCCAGCUAUAAACCUCAACUUCUGCCUAACCGAACGUUAGCCAGCUUUCCUUAUAACUGUGUUCCAUGUCAUGCAGAAAUCUCUAGUCAUGCCAUCGAUAUACAUUCGACACGUAAGCAAAGCUAACGACUCUAUUGCAGAUUUACUCUACACCAUAACAACCGAGGAUUAGCUAUAUCAAUAUUAAUGAAAUAAAACUUCCAUCAAGCACAGCAGCACUUCCCGCAUCAUCAAGCUAUCCAGCUGGCCUGCUGACGAACUAUAAACUUUGCGUAUGAAUUUCCUGAAUAUGCCUAAGCGAGUCAUCAAAACUUCAUUCCUUGCCAAGCUUUCAAUGAUCCUUACUGCAUGCGGCUAGCUUUAACUACAGUGCUCGAUACCUCCAGAACUGAGGACCGUUGAUAUAGUUACGUCCGACACGUAAGCAAAGCUAACGACUCUAUUACAGAUUUUAAAAGAUCACCUUCACUGAAUGCAGCUGCUUGAAUAGAACUGUGAGGAAGCUGCUAACUACAUCUUACAAAUUCAACUAGAUUCUAAGCGGAACUUGAAAAGUCUACUACAAAAAUUAGACGUAAGAAUUAACACACCUUUUCCAGGUUAAAAAUAAAAUUAGAACCUGACUAACUGGAACACGUUCUCCAAAUAAUUUUAUUUGAUGUAACUUUAUUCCAAUGAACAAACAGAUGGUUUCAAGGAUGUAUGACUACACGCAAAACGCGAAUUUAAUUAAGUGAUCAAGUACGGUAAGCAACAACUGAUCUCUUACAGGUUUAAAGGCUAUGAACAUUGUAUGCAAAUAUAAGCUUAGCUCCAGUACCUACACAGUAUCGAGACCACGAGCUACACAACUUAACGGGUAAUCUUUACAAGUUUUCAUCACCAAAUGACCAAUGCAGAAAGGGCAUGAAUUACAUUAUCAAGACAAGUACCCACGUUCGAGGUAUGGAACAAAUAGCAUGAGUACCUGAGAAGUUAAAGAAUCUCUUCCAGAUUUGUCUACCUGCUGCCAGAUCAAUUUUAGCAACUGCAGGGUACAUACAAUGCAAAAAUCUCCAGCACCAGAUACAUUGAGGACUUAGCAAAACUAAAGAUUCUUACAGAUUUAUAAAAAUCAUCAUCACUGUAACCUCCAACUGCGAGGACAACGCCUAAUGGAACACCAGUGUGGAAGAACAUCUUAUAAAUUCACUGAGAUAAAAAAACCUAGCAGCGCCUGAUAUAGAACGUCUUCAAAAAUCUGAUGUAAGAAUUACACACAUGAUUUCCAGGUUUAAACCAACUGGACCAACCAACCAACCAACCAACUGGAUCAUGCACUCCAAAGAAUAUCAUUUGAAGUAACUUUAUUCCAAAGAACAAACAGAUGGUUUCCAGAAUGACUUCAAGCAAAACGCAAAAUUAAAUAAGUGAGCCAGUACGAUAUAGUACGGUAAGCAACUAAUGAUCUCUUACAGGUUUAAAGGCUAAAUAACCAUUGGAGGAUCGAGAAAAUAUAUCAACGUUUAAUAAAUAUAAGCUUUGCUCCAGUAUCUAGACUAUAAACAGUUUAACUGGUAAUCUUUAUAAGUUUUCGUAACCAAAUGGCCAAUGCAGAAAGGGCAUGAGUUACAUUAUUAAGACAAAUACCCACAUUCAAGGUUUGGAAUAAAUUGCUGGAACACCUGAGAAGUUAAAGAAUCUCUUUCAGAUUUGUCUACCUAACUGAUGAUUUGAAGGAUGUAUUACUACGGGCAACACAUAAAAUUAAAAAAGUGAGCAACGUUAGCGUAGUACGGUAAGCAACAAAUGAUAUCUUACAGGUUUAAAGGCGAGGAUCGAGAAAAAUAUCAACGUUUAAAUGUAUAAGCUUGACUCCAGUAUCCAGUAUGAAGACCAUGGACUACCAGCUUAAGUGGUAAUCUUAACAAGUUGUCGCCACCAGAUGAGCAAUGCAGAAAGGGCAUAAGUUAUCAAGACAAAUAACCCACAUUCGGCAAGGGUAUGGAAGAAAUAGCUUAAAGUAAAAGAAUCUCUUACAGAUUUAUCUAGCUACUACCAGACAUCACUUUUAGUAACUGCAGUACGUACAAUGCGAAAAUCCCGAGUACCCGAUACAUAGAGAACUUCGUGCCGUUGAAGCAGUUACGUUCGGCAUGUAAGCAAAACUAAAGAUUAAACUACAGACUUUUUUAAAUCGUCAACACUGUAACCCCAAAUGCAUGGAAAACGCCCAAUGUACCAACCGUGUGGAAGAACAGCACCUAAAUCUUACAAAUUCAACGACAUAAAAUAACCAAGCAGCGCCUGUUAUAGAACGUCUUCAAAAAUCAGACGUAAGAAUUUAACACACUAUUUCCAGGUUAAAUAAGUGAGCAAAUACCAAGUACGAUGUAGUACGGUAAGAAAUAAUUAAUGAUCUCUUACAGGGUAAAUAAACAUUGCAGGAUAGACAAAUAACCACUUUCAAAUUUCAUGACUACAGUAUCCUUACAGUAUGAAGACCACGAACUACACAACUUAACUGGUAAUCUUUACAAGUUUUCGUCAUCAAAGGACCAAUUUAGAAAGGGCGUGAGUUACAUUAUCAAGACAAAUACCCUCGUUCCAGGUAUGGAAUAAAUAGCUUGAGUACCUGAGAAGUUAAAGAACUCUUACAGAUUUGUCUACCUGGUGCCAGACAUCAAUUUUUAGCCACUGCACAUACAAAGCAAGAAUCUCCAGCAUCCGAUACAUAGAGAAUGUAAUGCCGUUGAUGCAGUUUACAUCCGGCUUGUAAGCGAAAUUAAAGAUUCUAUUACAGGUUUUUAAAUAUCAUGAUCACUGUAACCUUCAACUGCGUGGACAGCGCCCAGGUACACCCGUGUGGAAAUACAACACCUACAUCUUACAAAUUCAACGAGACAAAAUAACUAAGCAGCGCAUGAUAUAGAACUUCUUCAAAAAUCAGAUGUAAGAAUUUGACACAUUUCCAGGUUUAAAAUAAAAUGAAUAACUGGAAUAUGUACUCCAAAACAUCUUAUUUGAGGUAACAUUAUUUCAAAGGACAAACAGAUAAUUUCAAGGAUGUAUGACUACAGACAACGCAAAAUUAAAGGAAUGAGAAUACAAGUACAAUAUAGUACGGUAAGCAACAAUUGAUCUCUUACAGGUUUAAAAGCUAAAUGAAUUUGGAGGAUCGCGAGAAAGAUCAACGUUUAAAUAUAAGCUUGGCUCCUGUACCCAGUCUCAAGACCACGAGCUAGUCAACUUAACUGGUAAUCUUAAAAAGUUAUUGUCACCAAACAAGCAAUGCAGAAAGGCCAUAAGUUAUCAAGACAAAUAACCCACAUUCGGCAAGGGAUGGAAUAAAUAGUUUAAGUACCUAAGAAGUUAAGAAUCUCUUACAGAUUUGUCAACCUGCAGCGAGACUUGUGCAACUGUAGAGUCAGUAAAAUGCAGAUAUCUCCAGUACAUAAAGAACAUAAUGCAGUUGAUACAAUUAACAUUCGGCAAUGUACGAGUAAGCAAAACUAAACACUCUAUUACAGAUUUUUUCAAAUACCAUUACUGUUACCUCCAACUACUUGGACAACGACCAAUGAAACACCCGUGUGGAAGAACAACACUUACAAAUUCAACGAGAUAAAUUUCCAUCUUUAAAAUAAAAUUAAUACCUGACCAAUUACAACAUGGAUCGUCCAAAGAAACUAAAAGCGGAUUCAGGACUUUCAUUAAAAAAAUAAACCGAACUUCAUCAAUAGAAUUUGAGGUAUCGUUACUGGAAAUGUGAACAAUGCAACAUCAGAUACAAGUUGUACGGUAAGCAGCAAAAUGAUCUCUUACAGGUUUGAAAACAGUGAGCUUGAAUUAGGAUAAUCAAAGGGUGGCUCCAGUAUUCAAGACUGCAAACUACAUAACUGGUAAUCUACAGUUUCUACACCAAACAACGGAAGCAGAAAGGUACAUUCAGAUAUUCAGACAUUCGUGUGGCAAUGGUAUGCAAUAAAUAUAUUAAGGUCUCUAAAAAUUAACGCCAAAUAACAGAUUAUGUUGAUGAUGAGGACACAAAUAAACUAUAAAACCACAAAAAAGAUUACGGUUGGUAUCAAGAACAUCGCAGAACACAUCUUAUAGUAUCCAGGAUAUAACCACAAGGCGAGUAAGUAAUUUAAUUUUUUACAGGUUUCAAGGCAAGGAGAGUUAAAAUAAAAAUUGUAAUAUUUAAAUACGAGACUAUAUAGAUUAUUGUGAUAUCCUGUAUCGAAGCGUGACAAAAAUAUAAUUUGAGCCUUUGAGGGAAGUAAAAUGUAAGCAACAUUAAUAAAAUCUCUUACAGGUAUCGAGCAAUGCGAGUUAUUUUAACAUGAGUGAAUAAUAACUGUGAAUAAUAGAAACUGAUUAAAGUUUUAUGAUAUAAAGCGAAUAAAUUUGAGAAUAAGACGUAUAAUCUUAAAAUGUGAAAAAGCAGAUUUAUACAAACAAUUCAAUUUAAAAAUAUAGCAAACAUUAAUACUGACUCAUAUUUUUAGUAUAACAGUUAACAUAUUCAGAUUAAUCUUUGUUGUUGUUUGUAUGUCGUAAUAAAUUUUAUUCUAGGUACAAAAAUUGUGUGUAAUAAUGUUUCUUUGUCGAUUUGUUCUAAUUAUAUUAUUUACAGAUUCAGGAAUUUACGUAAGCGCAAUUUAUCAAAGUAUGUUUAAUAUCUUUUUUUCAGAUUCUGGAUAGGUAUGAUGUUUAGUCGUUAUAAGACUCAACAAUUUUUUUUGAAUUACAUAAAAUAGGCUUAAGGCCUUGGUUAGGCUAAAUUUGUUUAUCAACAGGUAUUUCCAAUAGACAAUGAUGAAGAGUUAAGACGAAGAUGAUGGCCGGAGACAAAGAUGACGACUGAAGACGAAAAUGCAGACCGAAGAUGAAGACAGAAGACAAAGAGAAAACUCGAGGGCGAAAAUGAAGAACGAAGACCGAGGACGAGAUGAAGAAAGAAGACCGAGGCCAAUGAUGACAAAACAACGAAAGUGAAGAUAAUUAGGAGAGCAGGCAAAGAUAAAACUCUGUAUUACCAACGUCCACCAUUGAUUUUGUGGAGAUGGUGAUAUAGAAUAAAAAAAGACAGUCUAUAGGAUCAUUAAACUGUAAUAAGUGAACCUAACAAUUAAAUAGACAUCAAACCGGUAGCACCAAUGCCGGGACGAUAACGACAACCGAUGGCUGCUGACAAAGAUGAAAAAUACCAAGAUUAUAAAAACCAAUUAGUGUGAAUAUGAAGAACGAAGACCGAGGUUGAAGAUGAAGAAAGAAGAGCGACGGCGAAGACGAAGAAAGAAGACCAAGGGUGAAGAUGAAGAAAGAAGACCAAGGGCGAAGAUGAAGAAAGAAGACCAAGGAUGAAGAUGAAGAAAGAAGACGUAGGGCGAAGAUGAAGAAAGAAGACCGAUGGCGAUAACGGAUUGCGACGGUGAGGGUGAAGAAAGAAGAUCAAGGGCGGAGAUAAAGAAAGAAGAUCAAGGGUGAAGAUGAAGAAAGAAGACCCAGGGCGAAGAUGGAGAAAGAAGACCGAGGGCGACAACGGAGUGCGACUGCGAGGAUGAAGAAAGAAGACCAAGGGCGGAGAUAAAGAAAGAAGACCAAGGGUGAAGAUGAAGAAAGAAGACCUAGGGCGAAGACGAAGAGCGACUGCGACGAUGAAGAAAGAAGACCAAGGGCGAAGAUGAAGAAAGAAGACCAAGGGCGGAGAUAAAGAAAGAAGACCAAGGGUGAAGAUGAAGAAAGAAGACCUAGGGCGAAGAUGAAGAAAGAAGACCGAGGGCGAAGAUGAAGAAAGAAGACCAAGGGUGAAGAUGAAGAAAGAAGACCAAGGGCGAAGAUGAAGAUAGAAGACCGAUGGCGACAACGAUGUGCGACGACGAGGAUGAAGAAAGAAGACCAAGGGCGAAGAUAAAGAAAGAAGGCCUAGGGCGAAGAUGAAGAAAGAAGACCUAGGGCGAAGAUGAAGAAAGAAGACCGAGAGCGAAGAUGAAGAAAGAAGACCGAGGGCGAAGACGAAGAGCGACGGCGAAGAUGAAGAAAGAAGACCAAGGGUGAAGAUGAAGAAAGAAGACCAAGGGCGAAGACGAAGAAAGAAGACCAAGGGUGAAGAUGAAAAAAGAAGACCUAGGGCGAAGAUGAAGAAAGAAGACCGAGGGCGACAACGGAGUGCGACGGCGAGGAUGAAGAAAGAAGACCAAGGGUGAAGAUAAAGAAAGAAGGCCUCGGGCGAAGAUGAAGAAAGAAGACCGAGGGCGACAACGGAGUGCGACUGCGAGGAUGAAGAAAGAAGACCAAGGGCGGAGAUAAAGAAAGAAGACCAAGGGUGAAGAUGAAGAAAGAAGACCGAGGGCGACAUCGGAGUGCGACGGCAAGGAUGAAGAAAGAAGACCAAGGGCGGAGAUAAAGAAAGAAGACCAAGGGUGAAGAUGAAGAAAGAAGACCUAGGGCGAAGAUGAAGAAAGAAGGCCUAGGGCGAAGAUGAAGAAAGAAGACCGAGGGUAACGACGAAGAGCGACGGCGAAGAUGAAGAAAGAAGACCAAGGGCGAAGAUGAAGAAAGAAUACCAAGGGUGAAGAUGAAGAAAGAAGACCUAGGGCGAAGAUGAAGAAAGAAGACCGAGGUUGAAGAUGAAGAAAGAAGAGCGACGGCGAAGACGAAGAAAGAAGACCAAGGGUGAAGAUGAAGAAAGAAGACCAAGGGCGAAGAUGAAGAAAGAAGACCAAGGGCGAAGAUGAAGAAAGAAGACCAAGAGUGAAGAUGAAGAAAGAAGACCUAGGGCGAAGAUGAAGAAAGAAGACCGAUGGCGACAACGGAGUGCGACGGUGAGGAUAUAGAAAGAAGAUCAAGGGCGGAGAUAAAGAAAGAAGACCAAGGGUGAAGAUGAAGAAAGAAGACCCAGGGCGAAGAUGAAGAAAGAAGACCGAGGGCGACAACGGAGUGCGACGGCGAGGAUGAAGAAAGAAGACCAAGGGCGGAGAUAAAGAAAGAAGACCAAAGGCGAAGAUGAAGAAAGAAGACCUAGGGCGAAGAUGAAGAAAGAAGACCGAGGGCGAAGAUGAAGAAAGAAGACCGAGGGUGAAGACGAAGAGCGACGGCGAAGAUGAAGAAAGAAGACCGAGGGCGAAGAUGAAGAAAGAAGACUGAGGGCGAAGACGAAGAGCGACGGCGAAGAUGAAGAAAGAAGACCAAGGGUGAAGAUGAAGAAAGAAGACCCAGGGCGAAGAUGAAGAAAGAAGACCGAGGGCGACAACGGAGUGCGACUGCGAGGAUGAAGAAAGAAGACCAAGGGCGGAGAUAAAGAAAGAAGACCAAGGGUGAAGAUGAAGAAAGAAGACCUAGGGCGAAGACGAAGAGCGACUGCGACGAUGAAGAAAGAAGACCAAGGGCGAAGAUGAAGAAAGAAGACCAAGGGCGGAGAUAAAGAAAGAAGACCAAGGGUGAAGAUGAAGAAAGAAGACCGAGGGCGAAGAUGAAGAAAGAAGACCAAGGGUGAAGAUGAAGAAAGAAGACCUAGGGUGAAGAUGAAGAAAGAAGACCGAUGGCGACAACGGAGUGCGACGGCGAGGAUGAAGAAAGAAGACCAAGGGCGAAGAUAAAGAAAGAAGGCCUAGGGCGAAGAUGAAGAAAGAAGACCGAGGGCGACAACGGAGUGCGACGGCGAGGAUGAAGAAAGAAGACCAAGGGCGGAGAUAAAGAAAGAAGACCAAGGGUGAAGAUGAAGAAAGAAGACCUAGGGCGAAGAUGAAGAAAGAAGACCGAGGGCAACAACGGAGAGCGACGGCGAAGAUGAAGAAAGAAGACCAAGGUUGAAGAUGAAGAAAGAAGACCGAGGGCGAAGAUGAAGAAAGAAGACCUAGGGCGAAGAUGAAGAAAGAAGACCAAGGGCGAAGAUUAAGAAAGAAGACCAAGGGCGAAGAUAAAGAAAGAAGACCAAGGGUGAAGAUGAAGAAAGAAGACCAAGAUGAAGAAAGAAGACCAAGAUGAAGAAAGAAGACCAAGAUGAAGAAAGAAUACCAAGGGCGAAGAUGAGGAAAGAAGAACGUGGGCGACGGCGAAGAGCGAGGGCAAAGAUGAAGAAAGAAGACCAAGGGCGAAGAUGAAGAAAGAAGACAAGGGCGAAGAUGAAGAAAGAAAACCAAAGGCGAUGAUAAAGACGGAAAACGAAGAAACGAAAUUCUUUCUUCGACGGCUCUGUCGAAGAAAGAAGAGUUAAGAACGAAGACCAAGGAUGAAGAUGCGAGGGCGAAGAUGAAGAAAGAAGACCAAGGGCGAAGAUGAAGAAAGAAGAGUUAAAGCAAAAAUUAAGAAAGAAGACCAACAGCGAAGGUGAAGAACAAAGAUCGAGGCCACAAUUGAGGAAAGAACGGUGUUGACGAAGAUGAAGAAAGAAGACCAAGGGUGUAGAUAAAGAAUAAAGGACGACGGCAAAUAUGAAGAAAAAAGACGGAGGGCGAAGUUUAAAAACGAAGACUAAGGUUGAAAAAUGAAAGAGAAGACCCAUCCAAACAAGUGAGGAAAUGAAGACCAAUGAUAAUGAGAGAGAAUAUGAAGACCAAUGAACAAUGACAAAACGAAAAAUGGACAUAGGGCAAAGACAAAGAACGAAGACAGAGCGCAAAAACGAAGAACGAAGUCAGAGCGCGAAGACAAAGAACCAAGACUGAAGAUGAAAAUAAAAUAAGAAAAAAACUGAUGUUCUUUAUCUGAAUAUGACUAAUGAAGACCAACUGUAGAGUACGAGAGUACACUGAAGAAGAAGAAAAGGUCAAACAAGAAAGAAGUUUAGGAUAGAGAAGAAAAAUAAUUUCUUUUAGAUUUUCAAAACAAAGGGAGAGACGAGCGCUACCGGAACAUAUAACAAAUCUACCAUGGACUUCCGUAAUUUAAAAAUUAUAUAUAACAUGAUCAUGAUAAAUUACAAUAAAUGCAAAUUGAUGUAGAUAACAGGAUAUUUAUUUAUGAUUUUAAUCAAUAAAUUAUAAUGAUCAUCAAUAA